GUAUAUGCGGCAGAAUAUCGUUAUUUUUAAUUAUUUGAAUUUGAAUUUAAAGUUUAAAACUUGCACUUAGCUCUGGAAAUAGCCCAUUAGAGCUUCUUUCAAAUUCAAUAAUAUUAUUAUUUGUAUUCAUUUGAUUUGGCUCAUCAAAGUAAUUACGAAAGAUUUCAUUGAAUCAGCGAUAAGGAAGAAGCCUAAUUAAACGGCAAUUAAAUCAGUGGCGUAGUGCAAGCGACGACUUCGCCACAAUUUAGUACGAUGGAUAUCCUGAAGGAACCAACAACACCAAAGCUACGGCUACUACCACGUCGCUUUGACCGCUGGAAAGUCCACAGUAAAAUAGUGCUGUCGUGUCUAUCCAUAACCAUAUUUCUAAACACUCUGUACGGACUUUACUGGGGCCGCUUUAGUUUGAAGCGUGGCAAGUUUUUAGUCUCGAAGCCGCUGGCUGUCUACAGCAUUUCGGUGGGCUUGGGCCUUGGCGUUUACUACGUGCUGCAGGUGUAUGAAGAGUUCACCAGUGGCCGCAUCACCAGCAGGGACACCAUUAAGAUAUACUGCUACAUGAAUGUCUGCAUUUGUCUGCUCAACUAUGUCACACAGUGGGCUAUCACGGGAAGCUUUGUACGUUUCCAGAACAGUGUUCCCCUUUUUCGUGUGUCCAAUGCCCUGGACAUGUCGAUGCUGAUGGUGUGGCGAGCACUCAUAGAUAGUGGCGUGAAGAUGGUGCUGUGUCCGUUGAUUGUGUACGUAACAUUGAUACUCUACCAGCAUCGAGCCCAUCCGGACAGGGAAUGGACCAGCCUUGCCUCUUUUAGAACCAUGCUGCCUCUGAUAAUAUCCAAUCAGGUUAACAACUGCUUCUUUGGCGGCCUAGUGAUUGCCAAUCUAAUAACUACCGCCAUCAAUAAGCGGAUACGCAGCAUUGUAAGGGAGGUCAACAUGAUGCAGACACCACUGCAGAUGGAGCUGCAGAAGCCCUACUACCGCAUGCAACGCUGCUGCGAACUGGCCGACAAUCUCGAUGAGCUGGCCAUCAAGUAUUCCCUUACGGUAUCCUGCUCCAGUCGAUACCUUCGCUUCACCGACUGGUCCAUGGUCGUAUCGAUGGUCAUGAAUCUGAUUGGCAUCACGAUGGGAUUGUACAAUCAAUACCUGGCCAUUGCCGACUAUUACAUCAAUGAGGAGGAGUCCUUUGAUCUGCAUCAAGCCAUUGUCCAGUUGAUUUUUCUUUCGGUGCCAUUCAUGGAACUCAUCCUGGUCUCUCGUAUAAGCAAUCAAAUGCUGCAGGAGACCAAGCAAACUGGAGAUCUCCUGCAAUGCAUCGAUCUGCAGCAUGCUGAUGUGCGUUUCAAGCAAGUGGUCAACUCCUUCUGGCUACAGGUGUCCACCUUCGACUAUAAACUGAUGCCACUGGGACUACUGGAGCUGAACAGCUCGUUGGUCAACACCAUUUUCUCGGCAGUCACUGGAUUUCUGUUAAUUCUGAUACAGAGUGAUCUCACGUUGAGGUUUUCGCUUAAGUAAAAAUGAUAAAUGCACUUUUAGUUUAAGCUUUGUAUUAUAUAUGUAUUAUGCAGAAACUAGUCA